CUGAAGACGUUUGUGUCUUCAAAUGCUCCGUGUCCCGGGACACCGAGUGCAGCCGCGUCGGGAAACAAUCCUUCAUCAUCACCCUGGGCUGCAACAGCGUCCUGGUCCAGUUUGCUACCCCUACUGAUUUCUGCUCCUUUUAUAACAUCCUAAAGAACUGCCGGGGGCACAACACGGAGCGCUCGGUGUUCAGCGAGAGGACAGAGGAGUCCUCAGCUGUCCAGUACUUCCAGUUUUAUGGAUACCUGUCCCAGCAGCAGAACAUGAUGCAGGAUUACGUCCGGACCGGCACCUACCAACGCGCCAUCCUGCAGAACCACAGCGACUUCAAGGACAAGAUUGUCCUGGACGUUGGUUGUGGCUCAGGGAUCCUUUCCUUCUUCGCCGCCCAAGCCGGAGCCCGGAAAAUCUACGCAGUAGAAGCCAGUACCAUGGCCCAACACGCUGAGGUGUUGGUGAAGAGCAACAACCUGACGGAGCGGAUCGUGGUGAUCCCGGGGAAGGUGGAGGAGGUGGCGCUGCCCGAGCAGGUGGACAUCAUCAUCUCUGAGCCCAUGGGCUACAUGCUCUUCAACGAGAGGAUGCUGGAGAGUUACCUGCACGCCAAGAAGUACCUGAAACCCAGUG